AACCACGUCAUCGUUCUGUUGACACUUUUCUGUGUCGCAGAUGCACAACAAAGCGAGCUGGUAUUAGACACAUUUCUGGCACUUUGAAAAGGUUUCUAGCAAUAGGCCUAGUUCACAUUUAGUUGAAUUGCAAUGGGUGGCCAUGGGGUUAUGGCGAACGAGGAUUCUCUGGAUUACUCUGUGCACGAAGCUUGGAAUGAGGCCACCAAUGUCUAUCUGCUUGUAAUUCUGGUUAGCUUCGGGUUGCUAAUGUAUGCAAGAAAGAACAAGAGGAAGAUAAUGCGGAUCUUCGCCCUGCCGCCCACCGCGGGGACAACGACAGAGUCGAACUUCUACGACAACCUGAAGAAAGUUAGACUACGACAGCAGCUGGAAAUGUACUCUCUCUCCCGUAAGUUUGACCAACACCAGCAAAGCCAGAGUGACAGUGUUCAGCUCUCCAUGGAAUGACGCAGCAGGAAGACACAUUCUGCAUGACAGCACCGUAUUUUCCACCCUCUCUCCCUGUUCCCCAAUCCAAAGUGAGGCAACUGCAUCAGAUAUAUCCUCCCCCCAGAUUAAUAUGGUGGGUCGGUCUAAGCAGUCAGCAGGAUGGAGUUUCUGCCCUAUUUCGGUAGAUGGAAAUUUUCUUUAAGAAAAAACGAUGUUGGUCUCUCUAUCUUCUUUUUUGUCAAGUCACACUCAUCAUGGAUGUGUGGCCUAUUGAGGGAAGGGAAAGGGACAGAGUGUGCGGCCUUGGGUAGCAAUACUUUGAGUUGGUUGUACUUAUUCAAAGUCUGCAGUGUAUCUGUGAAUGAAGAAUUAAACAUUUUGAUGUUGUGUAAAUAUUGUUACACAUUACUCUUUUUAAAAUUCAAAAUGUACUGCUAGAUGUGCUCGUUCAUAGUACUUAAAUACCAGCACUUAUUUGUUUUUGAAAUAUAUAUUUGUUGCCACCUAGUGGAGUUUAGGAUGAAAUGCUUUUAUUGGAGGACUGUAGAAUAACCAAUAGUAGUUUCAAAUCUGAGAAUAAAAUCUGUAGUUAAAUCUU